AUCGCCCGAGAAGGGAAUAAUUGCGCUCGUUUCUCUCUCAAAACUAAAACCAUCCAUCACCAAUGCACGCAAUCUCUGCACAAACUCCCACGCUCUUCACUUCUCUCCCGCCAUUGCCGAGCUCAAGAACCCGCCAUCUCCCCCUCCGCCCAUCUCCUCUCUGUUUCGAUCCCAAUCCAAGGCUCAUCUCUCCAUGCCCAGCUACGCAGAAGACCAGGGAGUCCUUUGGCAUAUGCUGCCCAAUUAUCAAAGAAUGCCGCGCGGAGUUCUUCGAUGACGAAUGGCAAGCGAAGCAGAGAGAGAAGACCAAAAAGUGGCAUGCUUAUCGUAAGAAGGAAGAGGAUGAAGAGAACAGGAGGGAGGAUGAGUACCGGGAGAUAGGCAUGCGGCUGAAGGAUUACCCUGAGGAGGAACUGUGCAAGGCGAGGCGGUUGGUUUCGAGUUUUAUUAGAUCCGCUGAAGAGGUUGAAGAGAAAAUCGAGGAGGCUGCUGACAAAGGGGAGCUGACCGAACUUGUUUUAAUGAUCAUAUGGAAUCGUCUCGAUCUGGCUCGAAGAGAUGAUGAGAAAGAUGUCAUUAGAAGCCUAGACCUCCUAUAUAGAAGGAUAGAGACGGAGAUUUUGAAGAGAGAAUCUUCACCGGCCAUGAGAUUGCUUAAUGAACUUUUGAACCUCCACGAUGGAUUUGAUCACGAGGGGUGGUUGAAGAAAUGUAGGAAGCAAAUGAUUGAUACCUUCCCUCGAGAAGAUCCUUUCAGUAUGCUUGUUCCUGCUGGGUUUGAUAUUGAAAAUCAUCAAAGCAGAAUAGAGUUGCCACCUGAAGACGACGAUGUGCUACUAAGAGUGGAUUUCGUCAGAGAAGUCGAUGCUUUGCUACAAGAGGUUCGAGCAGAGCAAUCCAAUCUACAGACCCCGGAGGGAUUUGAUCCUGAUUCAGUUGCAGUCAGGUUAAAACAGCAGGAGAAGCAGCAGACUAUUCAUCUGGUAAUGGAUCUUCUUGAACUAGCAGUUACAUUGGAGUGGUAAUACUGUCAGCCUUGAGGAUUUUGUUCUACUGUGAACGCUUUAAGAUGGCUAUAGAUUUCUCCUGUCCAUAAAAGGGGAGGUUUUGAACUUGUACUGAAUUGCACUUGAUAGUUGAAAUAUACUAAUUUUGUCCAAUCUUUUAUUCUCA